AUGCUGCACUGCGGUCGUCUGUUUGCCAAGAAACGAGUGCCACCGCUUGGUUACAGCAGCAGAGAAUUCUCAAGGAAGUUGCGGUCACCGCGGGCGUCGAAGCCGUGGCGCGACCGUCACGUGGUUUCUGGCGGGCAGAUCGAGGUCUCGCCAAGCACCGAAAACAACGUACACGGGGAUCUUUCUACGCGGCCACCUCUUGGCAUUUGCGACGUGCGGGUUAAUUCUGCUGGGGAUUUCACUACGGCAGCGCUGCCAGAAGCCAACUAUGACACAAUGGCCUCCAAUAGCAUGCUACCAGUCGAACAAGAAGGAGAUUCUGGCGUGGCGACGGUGACUUCAACACCUCCAGUCGCGAAACUUCCGUUUGGGAAGGCACUAGAGCUGAAGGUUGAGGAUGUGAAGACGUACAAGGAGGGUCCGGUCCCCCUGCACCUUCAGCAGUUCCGUCGGAGCCGGCGUGAGGCGGCGGAGUCCAUUCUUCUUCCCCGUCACAUCAACCGGUUGUUUCACAAAAUUAUGGGUUGGACGGAAGACGUCGUGGAGGUGGACUCGGAGUUGGCGCCACUUGACCCCGGAGCCGAUGGCAGAGCGAAAGCAAGUGAAACGCAGCCAGAGUUGAAGAAAAGUGCAGCGCUUUUGCGUCAAAAGUACGACACACUCAGAGACAAGAUGAAAUACGGUGUGCUCUUGGAUAGCUACGAAAAGGACAAGUUUGCGAUUGAACACCAACUGGAGAUUGCUGGCGAGCGGUUUGAGCGGAAAUUUAUGGAAUGGGAGGGGAUGCAUGUGCUGGACCAAGAUUACACAGCCGCCAUGCAGGGAGUGCUGGAGAACAAGAGCUCCAUCGUGAUGGAUCUGCCAUCAUCCUUCCACAUUCCUGUCGUGAACCGCGAUUGCUGCAAGGGCUGUGGGGCGCUCUUGCAGGACAAGGAUGAGAACGUGUUUGGAUAUGUGCGCCGCGGGGACAUUGAGAGGUACAUCGUGGACCGACAGGCCAAGAUGAAGGCCCGGGCAGAGUAUGCGGAUCGUAUGUCAGAACUGCAGGUCCACUGGCAAAAGCAUGGUCGCCGAGUCGGGGAGGAGUGGUUGGACUUUAUGACGCAGGAGGAAUUUGACGCCUUUUACAAGGAUCAAAACAAACCGUUUGUUUGCCAUCGCUGCCACGCGUUGGAGAACCUCGGCGUCGAGGGUCGCCGUCAGAUUUGGUCGGCCCCUGACUUCACAGAGAAGUUACGAGCCCUACGUGAAAAGAAGUGUGUGGUAGUGCUUGUUGUCGACAUUGCGGACUUUCCUGGAACGAUGGUUUAUGACCUUCCCGGCCUCAUAUCGAUGAACAAUGACGUCAUUAUUGCCGUCAAUAAGAUGGAUUGCGUUCGGAAUAGGUCCUUUAACUAUAGUAACAAAGAUCGAGCCAUUGCCGCUCGACUCGUGACGGAACGGUAUGUGCGCCGAUGGGUGAUUGGCAUAGCUUUACAGUUUGGUCUGCCGCGCCAUCAAAUUAAGGAUGUUGUUCCCAUCUCCGCUAAACGCGGGUGGAAUGUUGACAAACUUAUCGCGGCUGUGGAAGAGGCAUCGAAUCUGAAUUUGACUCGUCCGAUAAAGCCCAUGCCGACCUACUUUGUGGGCGUGGCAAAUGUUGGUAAGUCUUCUGUCAUCAAUGCCAUCGCUCACAAGCUGUACGUUCCGGUUCCACCGCACCCGGAGAGUCGCAAGGUUUACUAUACGAGGAAAGCCAAGGAUGGAACGGAAGCAGUCUUUUGGCGCUGGUACACUCCUCCUAACGUGAAUCAGGCUGAGAUGAUUGACAUUCCAUCACGUCAUGACAAGAAGGCAUCGAAGUUACUUACCGUAUCUUCACUUCCUGGGACAACUGUGGAAGCGAAUGCGGUUCGUGUUUCAUUGACUAAAGGUGCACCAGGUGACGCGGCGUACCUGUUUGACACACCUGGGCUUCUUCCCCACUGGCAUCAUUCUUCUCCUCUGACGUUGCUACAGAUGCGUCGCACACUUAUUCGGAAGUAUCGGAAUCCACAAUGCUUUAUCCUAAUGCCUGGAAACACUCUUUUUCUUAGCGGUUUGGCUGCCAUUGAUGUUGUAAAGGGAACAUCGCGCGGGAUGCUGUUUAUGGUGUAUACCUCUCAGAAGGUUUGCAACGCAAUCAUAGCUACUGAGCGAUCUGACGAAUUUUGGCAGGACCAACUUGGAAAGGCAUUGGAUCCGCCUGGUUCAUUGGAGCAACUUGGUGAUCUUCGGUUAACUGAGUCGAAAUGUUAUCUUUUCGAGUGCUACCCUCGACAUCGUCGCCGUCCAAAGGCGGACGUGUACGUCUGUGGUAUUGGCUGGACCUCAUUUUGUGUGAAUGAAACAUGCGAUGUGGUGUUGCGUGUGCGCACACUGCCUGGCGUCAUCCAUGGCGUGCGUGAGCCCCUUCGCUACAAGGACCUAUUGGCAUUUCGCGGUUGGCCCAAGUUGAGGCGCCGCUUUACUGCUGCCGGUCUUCCCAGCGACGAGGGCGACUGGGACGAUUCCAUCGCCACCGUUGUUCGUCUCACGGCCGGCGGACCCGGUACUCAGACAACUGUGACGGGCGCCGAAGAGGACGGGGAGGAGGCAUCGGCGGCAAAGUUGGUGCGCAAGGCGAUACUUCCGCGACGUGUUUCGGCGUCAUCGACCGCGUUUGACGUCAUGCUGGCGGAUCUCACGUUGAACGGGAGUGUCACACAUACGAGGGGGGCGGACUCGGGGGAGUAA